AUGGCGGCGCCCGUGACGGUGUACGGGCCGGCGAUCUCGCCGGCGGUGGCGCGCGUGGCGGCGUGCCUGCUGGAGAAGGACGUGGCCUUCCAGCUCGAGGCGGUGGACAUGUCCAAGGGCGAGCACAAGUCCCCCUCCUUCCUCAAGCUCCAGCCCUUCGGCCAGGUCCCCGCCUUCAAAGACCACCUCACCACCGUCUUCGGUCGCUUGGCCAUCGCAUUCCAGCUCACCUUCGCGCCGCUCAUGGGCAUGGCCACCGACAUGGCCGUGGUCGAGCAGAAUGAGGCGAAGCUUGCCAAGGUGCUCGACGUGUACGAGCGGCGGCUGGCGGAGAGCCAGUAUUUCACCGGCGACGAGUUCACCCUUGCCGACCUUGUGCACAUGCCCAACACUGAUCUUCUUGUGAGCAAGACCGGCAAGGCGGGUCUGAUCACCGAGAGAAAGAAUCUGUCCAGAUGGUGGGAUGAGGUCUCCGCCCGCCCGUCAUGGAAGAAGCUGGCAUUUGCUCCUCUUCUGGGAAUCCCUCAGGACCACAUGGCCAUUGCAGAGAAUGAGAGGAAGCUUCAGCAAGUCCUCAAUGUUUACGAUGAAAUACUCUCGAAGAAUGAGUACCUAGCUGGCGAUGAGUUCACCCUGGCUGACCUCUCCCACCUCCCGGACUCGCAGUACAUUGUGAGCUCGGAGAGGGGGAGGAAGCUCUUCACCUCCAGGAGGAAUGUGGCGAGGUGGUUCGACCAAAUCUCGAGGCGCAAGGCGUGGGAGCAGGUUGUCAAGAUGCAGAUGGAGCAUCCUGGCGCGUUCGAGUAG